GCAAAGUCACGGAAAUAUCACAGUUUGCUUCUAGGGAUGUGUGUUGGUUUUUAGAGAAUGCCAAAGCGCUGGAGUACGUAAGAAGGAUUAAGCUAACAGCAAGCGCAAGUUUUGACAGAAUAAUUGGCUCACUUGAACUUCCGGUAUUUAGCUGCAUUUAUUGACCAGUUGACAGUGUGAGUCUACAGAUUGUCGUAAACAGCUCGACACAUUGCACAAUUUCAGAGUUCUGUCACAACACAUCCCACGAACUCCCAGAUUUCGGCAUUUUCGUGCGAGCUGUAAUCUGAGCUAACAAACAAAUUUCACUUCUCUUCUCUUGUGAAGACCAAAGCGAAACGAUAAUCCUAAAAGACGGGCUAGGCACAGAAGACAAGAAGCGUUACUACUCGCUUUAUCUUUCAGCAGUGUUCUGUAUUUUAAAUACUGGACGCUGAAGGUAAAGUAUUUGGCCGCGGGAGAAAGCUCAGUAGAAACAAGGACAAUGCGCCUGGUUAAGCUUUUCGCAGUUGUGACAGUCAUAGCACUCGCGACCCCUGGUUGUUUAUCAUGGCGACGAAGAAGAAGGCGCAGACGUCCUCCUCCGUGUCCACCUCGUAACUGUGCAGUGUCCGCUUGGUCUUCAUGGGGACCUUGCACUCAUCAAUGCGGGAAUGCAGGGACACAGACUCGGACAAGGACUAAGACCGUAUCCGAGGCUUGCCCUGGUGGUAGAUGCCCCUAUCACUUCUCAGAGUCUCAGGCGUGUAAUCGUAAUGCUUGUCGGAAUGGAGGGACCCCUCAUGCCGGACGCUGUGGAUGUAGAGCGGGGUUUACUGGGACGUGUUGUGAGCACGAUGUCAACGAGUGUUUGCGAAAUCCCUGUCAGCACACCUGUACGAAUACGUACGGAAGCUACACAUGUAGUUGCAACGCCUGCUACACUAAAGUAGGGACACAAUGUGACCUUAGACAGUGCCUCAUAAGUGGGAGAUGCUACAGCUAUGGAAAUGUUAACCCUUCUAACCCUUGCCAGGACUGCCAAAGUAGACAAAAGAUGGGUUGGACCAACAACAAUGCUCUUCGAUGCAACGAUGGCAAUGCGUGCACUAGAGCAGACCAUUGUUCCAAUGGGAGAUGCGUGGGUACGCCGUUCACGUGCUUGCCAUGUGAAUCAUGCGUGGCCGACACGUGCCGGGUCAAACCGGGAUUUUGUACCAUUGUCGAGGGCGGCGUCAAGAAGUGUUUCAGUAACAAGGUGGUGCGACCUGGUCAUCCAUGCCAGGAAUGCAACAGUGCCAAUCCUCAUCAGUGGACAAACAACAACGCACUUCCAUGUAGCGACAACAACGUCCAAACAAAGAACGACCGAUGUUCCAACGGCGCGUGUAUGGGUACGCCCUACUCUUGCUUACCGUGUGAGAGUCAUGAUGGUCGUGGGUGCCCCCUGAAAUCCGGUUACUGCAUUAUACAGCACGGGGGGACACGCGCAUGCUUUGCCAAUCAACAACUCAAGCCUGGGAAUCCUUGCCAAUGGUGUAACCCAACUGGCAGCACAAGUGCUUGGUCAAACAGAAAUGGUGUCUCGUGUAACGAUGGCAACGCAUGUACACGCGCGGAUACGUGCAGGAAUGGGAUAUGCACUAGCACGCCAUUCACGUGCAACUCGCACUGUCAGAAAUGUAACGGGAACUCGUGCAGCCAGAAACCUGGCUUCGGAUAUGUCGCUGGGAAAUGCACUUGCAAAAUAGCAGGCAAAGACUUUAAUCACCAAGCUAUCAACCCUGCUAACCAAUGUCAGUGGUGUGACUUGUAUGACGCGGCUACCAAGCCUUCGGGUGCCUGGACGAACCGGCCCACCGUGACUUGUGACGACAAAAAUGCUUGCACUAAGCAGGACAAGUGCGCUAAUGGGAUAUGCAGUGGUGUGGCUUAUACAUGUCAAUCAUCCUACCCGUCUUCAAGCUGCGUGCGCACGUCAGUCUGUAAUGGUGACGGGACUUGUCGGGAUAUCUAUCGCGCUGCUGCCACCAUAUGUAGAGCGGCCAAGGACGGCUGCGACCAGCCCGAAAAAUGCAAUGGCCGACUCGGGGCGUGUCCCGCAGCACACACAGACCCCAUCACCAUCAAGACCGGAAGUGUCCAGUUUAAGGAUAGCAGCUUUACUUCCGGUGCCGCGUUCCAGCAUAGUACUAGCGCGUUGUACGUCAGUAUUUCCGGGUUUACCGUCAGCUGCGGAGUGAUGCGGCUCAAGUGGUACCUUCUUGAUGGAGCUGCCGCUUGCUCUACGACAGCAGCAAAAAGUGGUCUUUUCCCAAACGCCAACCCCAAGCAAACAAUCUCAGGUCUAUCCUUGCAAGAUAACAAAAGCUAUAAACUCGCAAUCCAAGCCAUCGACAUGCGCAGCGUGACCAGGCCUUUAGUUUGUAGCAGCGCUAUCACCAUAGAUACAACCAGACCGAGUGGCGGCUGGGUAAGAGACGGAACAUCCGGGGAUGCUAGUUACCAGUCGACUAAGGAUAUCUCGGCAGUCUGGGGCGGGUUUAACUCGCGUCACGGUAUAGCGCGUUAUGAGUGGCAGGUCUUGUAUACACCAUUUCGUAGUAGUUCUUCGUCUGUUCUCCAAUCAUACACGCCUGUGGGAUUGUCCACUUCUGCAUCCAAGACGUUCGGAAAUAUCGUUGAUGGAUCAACAAUUAAGGUUGAAGUAAAAGCCUUCACAAAAGCCGGCCUUUUCACAGUGCGCAUGAGCAAUGGCGUCGUCGUCGACACCUCAAAGCCAAUCGCUGGUGCCAUAUUCGACGGAGCAAGUAACGGCAUCGAUUUGAAGUUUGCCAAAUGGACUAAUUCUUACAAGGCAAACUGGGGUGCUUUCAGUGACGUCCAUAGCGGUAUACAAAAGUACGAAUGGUCUGUGAUGCGAGCAGGGUCUAGUCUCAUCACCGGCUACUCCAACACUGCGCUUGCACGAUCAGGCACUAUAAGCGAACUGGUACUUACUUCCGGUCAGCGGUAUUGUGCACUUGUACGAGGGUACAAUGAAGCUGGGCUCUUUAUAGAAGCGACGUCAAACUGUGUACUGAUAGACCAGGAUGCUCCGCGCGCUGGGACGGUCAAUGAUGGAACAGGAGCUGACGUCAGUCAUCAGUCAAACGGAAGUACCAUCUCGGCCAAUUGGAAUGGCUUUAAUGAUGGCGCAACAGGGAGCGGAAUCGUAGGGUACGAGUACAAGAUCACUGACAAGGAUAAGAAUCAGAUCAUUGGUUGGACUUCAGUUGGACUUAGAACAUACCUAGCCCAUUCUGGGCUUAGUCUCACAAGUGGCGCACAGUAUUUUGUAACUGUGCGAGCCAGAGAUGCGGUGGGACUAACCGUGGAGGCGACCUCCAACGGGGUCGUAGUCGAUACUUCUCGCCCCGUGUUCACUGGUAGAGUUUUGGUCAGUGGCUCAACUAGUACUUGCAGUGGUAAGCCGUGCGUGUACGUUUCGAGUAACUCCACGCUUGCCGUUUCGUGGACGGGGUUUAGUGAUGGGCACAGCGGCAUCAAUUACUUCCUCUGGGCCGUUAUUCCUGACUCUAGACCUAUCAAGAACUCAGACUUUAAGCGAAUCCCAGGUGCUGGUCUACCGACUAAGGCUUCCUUCUCAGGUUUAGCGCUAGUUGACGGGUCUUCGUAUCGUAUCAUCAUUCGAGCUGUCAAUUAUGCAUUCCUCCAAACAGACGCGUCAUCAGAUCUCAUCAUUCCGGACCCUUCACCUCCUCGUCUUGGGCAAGUAUCGGACGGACCGACCGCGAACUCGGAUAUCGAUUACCAAACAUCUCUGGACUUUGUCAAAGCGACGUGGACUAUCUUCCUUGAACCCCACACGAGGGUUAAGCAGUACUACUACGCCAUCGGGAGCUGUAUCGGUGGUAAUUAUCACGUGACAGGGAAUACAUUCCUCCGACUCUCACCCCCGACUGCAACAGCGUUGACUUUUAAGAACGCCAAGCUCGUUAAUGGCCAAACAUACUGCACCAAGAUCAAGGCCACUAACAUGGCAGAUGUGUUCAGCCACGAGGUCAGCUCCGAUGGCUUCACGGCAGAUAUUACUCCGCCAUAUGUCCGGAAUGCACGUGUGAUAGACGGCAAGACCCGAAAGGAUAUCGAUUAUCAAGAUAGCUUGACGGAGAUGUCGGCGUCAUGGGAGGGCUUCGUGGAUCCCGAGUCAGGAAUUAAGAGUUAUGAGUACGGCAUCAGUCGGAGUAGGGGCGGAACACCGGAAAUCUUAGCAUGGCGUGAUGCUGGCUUGUCUACCAAUGCGCGAGCUACAGGACUUACUUUGACGGACGAUGUAUACUACUUUAUAGUGUGUGCCAUCAACAAAGCUGGCCUGAGAAACUGCAUGAGUUCAGACGGUGUCCUGAUUGAUCACUCGCCCCCUAACCGCGGCAUUGUCAACGAUGGUAGACUGGAGCCUGAUCUGCGCUAUCAAUCGUCACUGACGGAUGUCGCAGCUAACUGGGAGGGGAUCUGGGACUUGGAAAGCAGUAUUGAGACAUUCGAAUGGGCCGUCAAAGAGAAUGUCACCAAUAAAGUUGCUAUGGAUUAUUCUGACGUUGGGCUUGCUACCCAUGUCAUGACUGAGCGACCGCUAUCGCUAGAGAACGGCAAGACAUACCUUGUUCAUUUGAGAUACCGUAACCAGGCAGGCACUGUAAACGAGAUAACGUCUAAUGGAAUCACCAUAGACAGCACCCCACCCCUACCAACUCAAAUACUUCCCGGAAACGCAGCAGUAGGCGACUGGAAGUACAACGCAGCGGACAGGGCGUACUACUCGCCAAGCACAUCGCACGUCUUCGCCCAUUGGGAUCCCUUUAUUGAAAAUGAGAGCGAGGUCUGGUACUAUAAAUGGGGGAUAGGUACAAGCAAGUGCGGCGCGCAGGUUCAGCCUCUUACUACCAUCGGUUCCACAACAAGCGCAAACACAACACAAUCUGAUCAAAACUUCAAACAGGGUGUGAGGUACUACGUGACAGUCACGUCACGCAAUCGUGCUAAUCUCUUGUCACGGGGCUGCUCUGAGGCACUCGUAUUGGAUGGAUCUCCCCCGCAAGCAGGUUUUGUCAUGAUUGGAAGCCCUGACCUUAACCGGAAGUACGUUGGUGUUGACUCGGCGGAAGUGCACUGGAGGAACUUUAGGGACGAGGAAAGUGGAAUAGACUUUUGUGAUGUAUUUAUAGACGGAUUGUCUGACGGUAACAAGGUGGCUACCGUACCUGACGCGCCAACUGGUCAUGUGCUGAUACCACGUGCUCAUCUCACCCCAUCAAAGAGUUACCUUGCAAUCGUCAAGUGUUAUAACAAGGCCGGCCUGUCUACGAAGGUCUGGUCUGAGACGUUUAUUGUGGACGAUUCCAAACCGCUAGCGACUGGACCCGUGCUAGUAGGCGUGUCCCGUGACUCUUCCAAACAGUACCAGAAAGAAACGGACUCGGUCACAAUAUCAUGGACUCCAUUUUCAGAUCCAGAGAGCCCAUUGGCCGACUAUCAAGUUGGUAUGGGAACUACUGCUCAGGGUGAUGACGUAAUUUCUUUUACAAACAUUGGUCUAGGGACCAAGUACACAAAACUUGGCCUGAAGCUCUUCCAUCGAAAUUUGUACUACGUUACAGUGGUGGCGCGAAACGCCGCUGGACUCAACACUACCGUCGAAGCCCUUCCUCUUGUUGUCGACACAACUCCACCACAGGGUGACCAAAGAAGUGUUUAUGACGGAGAUGGUGGAGAUGACUGGGAGUACAUUUCUUUAAACGGAACUUUGUCCGCACAUUGGGAAGGAAUCUCAGACCCGGAGAGUGGAAUUAUUCGAAGUCGAUACUGCAUCGGAACUGCACCCUUCGGCUGUCAACUCAAGCCCCCGACAAACGUCGGGAAGGCUUCAAGUUUCGCAUGUCCUUUAUGUCGUGUCAAUCCUGGCGAAAAUAUAUUUGUAACAGUUGAGGCAACUAACGGGGCAGGGGCAUCCGCUUCUUGGACGUCUAAUGGGGUACUAGUGGACGCGACCCCUCCCCUUAUCGGCGAAGUUACUGAUGGUGAUAUCGAAAGUGACAUGAGGACAGCUUUGAUGGAAUAUAAGCUAAAGACCUCUUGGGACGGAGUGGAAGACCUUGAGAGUGGAGUAGAAUCUUGUCGAUGGUCAAUUCGCGAUGCUAGAGAUAAAGAUAUAUUUACAAUGGAUCUGAAAGGACCAUACAAACGUGGAAAGACAAUUUUGUCAACUAAUGAAACAUACAGCUCCUUGAACUUUACAGAGGGAGGUAUAUACUUAAAUGCCAUCGUGUGUAAUAAUGGAGCCAAGUUGACGAGCGUGUCAAAGUCCAAUGGGUUUCGUGUCGUCUCGGUGUGGCCCAGGCCAGCAACUGUACGAGAUGGGUCGUCCUACAUUGACAAGGACUACAUCACAAGUGCUAAACUUAUACACGCCAACUGGGAUAAUUUCUACUCUGACUUGCGCGACCCUGUCGUCGACUACGCCUGGGCUGUUGGAACCUCCGCUGGUAAAGACGACGUGUCGCACUUUAGAAGUCUCGGGCUGCAGACUCACGUGGAAGGGGUACCGGUCAGCGGUGAUCCUGACGUCGAUUUCUUGUCUCCUGGAAAUAGGUAUUACGUCACAGUAAAAGCGACAUCUCUCAGUGGACUGAGCGGUGUUGGCAGUUCGGACGGGUUCACUGUGGACAUUACUCCGCCUACCAAAUCCAUCGUCAGAGUAUCUCACCGGGUGAUCAAUCAGUCCCGGAACGAAGUCCAGCUGAACGUAGCCUGGGACGGAAUCGAAGACAAGGAGAGCGGGAUCUUGGAGUCCAAAUUUUGCGUCAGCAAAUCUCCUGACAGCUGUCAAUCAUAUGCCUUGUCAAUUGGAAGUGCAACGUCAACAAUCGUACCAUCAUUCCUUCCCGUCUUCCAAGUUUGGUAUUACGUCAUCGUCAUAGUGCAAAAUAACGCACUGCUAACGACAGUGAUGACGUCAGAGAAAUUUACAAUCGAUACCACACCACCAUCAAAGGGUGAUGUCAUAGAUGGGCUUACUAGGGACAUCGACUUUACUAAUGACACAGGCACAAUGGCGUCACAAUGGGGAGGCUUUAUCGACACUGAUUCGGGACUUGAUAAUUGUACGUGGAGCCUCGUGGAACAAUCGGCGUCCAUCGAUAGGAACUCGUACGGAAACGAUAGCGACGUGUUCGAGGAGUCUGUUAGUUCGGCUGAUCGGGCGACUAGGAAUGGAUUAAGUCUAAAGCCAGGAUCACGCUACAUCAACCGCAUCAAAUGCGCCAAUAAAGACGGUUUCACCGUAACCUCGGAUUCAGACGGAGUUGUUGUCGACGUGUCUCCUCCAGUUGUCGGGGAAGUUAUUGACGGCCAUGACUUUAGCAAGGAUAUUGAUUUCGUUGGCAUGGUAACAACGGUAACGGCACGGUGGCGCGGAUUCUCAGAUCCGGAGAGUGGCAUUGUGGGAUACAAAUGGGCAUUAGGGAGGUCCCCUGGCCAUGAUGACGUCAUAGCUUUCAAGGACGUUGGAAAAGUAAUGGCGGCGACAGCAAAGAACGUGUCCUUGACUUCGGGAGGGCAUUACUACGUCACUGUAAGGGCUACCAAUGGCGCGGGCAUGACGUCCGAAGGGUGGUCAAAUGGGUUCAUUGUGGAUACCACGCCUCCGGAGAUUAUGAUGACGAACAUCGACAAGAGAUGGUUGGGACCUGGUGGGCGUCUUACCGCCACUUGGUCAUCACGUGACCUACAAAGUGGUGUGAUCAAAUCAGAAUACUGCGUGGGAAAGAGUCUUGGCGGAUGUCAAUCUCAGCCAAUGAGAGAGCUCACUGCUAACGCCACUAGUGUCACGUGCCAGGACUGUGUUUUGCAAGAGCUCGGAACUUACUACAUUACAGUUCGCGUUUGGAACGCCGCUGGCCAGCAUAACCUUGGCACCACAGGACCUAUCAGCAUUGAUUUGACUCCACCUGCAGCAGGCCUAGUAACUCCAGACAAUUACGUCACUUCGUGUACGACACAUUGCACGUUGACCACUACUGUUGGUGCGUUCGUGGACUUGCAGAGCGGAAUCGCAUCUUGUCGGUUCGGAAUCCGAGACAGCGCGGGGUUUGUUACGGCUUUCAAGGAUUUCGUCCAAGGAACUGUCGCCCGCGCUACUAACGUAAGGCUCAUUCCUGGACAGCGGUAUUAUACCGUUGUGUCAUGCGUAGAUAAUGCAGGGCUUCGUACACAGGCUGUGUCGGAUGGAGUACUCGUUGAUGUCACACCACCGACAAAGGGUCACGUGAUUGUCAGCCCGGACCGGACACAUGAUGUGUACGGCGUCCACUCGAACUGCCACCUCUACAACAGCACCGUCCGACUUCAUUGGUACGGCUUCUACGACAAACACUCUAGUAUAAAGAACUUCCGCGUUGCUAUGGGGACCAGCACAGGCUCCAAUGACGUUCUGCCCUUUAUUGAUGUCGGUAUAGCAGCUAGCUACGAGUUCGGACUGGGACCGAGUGUGUUUUCAGGUGAUGUGGUGUAUGCGGUUGUGGAGGCGUAUAACGGCGCGGGAUUGGUGACGAGGGCGAUCUCUCCGCCCACAAGACUUGUUUCAGCGGAUUCACAAGACUAUUUGAGUGAGGGAGACUUUAAAUGUCUUGGUUUCUGAAUUGUUUCAUAUCCUUUUGAGUCCCUUGGAUAAACCAACGAUUUGCUUGAAAUAACCAUGACACAAGGGGGGUAGCCCUAUACUUACGGAAGACCUUUUUAUAAAAUAAUUCGAUUUGACGAAAUACUUUUAAUCUAUGAUUGAUCUUAUGAUGUUUUGAAUUAAUGUAAGAUAGUUUGUAAACUGUGCUGUAUAAAUUGUAGAUUUAUGUCAACUGCUUAUUUUUAGAUAUCGAAUGAAAAUCAUGAAAGAGAUCAAUGUCAUCGGUUUUACGGUUUACGCAAUAUGUAACAGUACACAUCGUUGAUUCACAACUAUUAUCACUACUCCUUCAACAAUCACAUAUUCUUAAAGCCUCUGUCAGCCGCCAUUUUGUCGACCAUCAAAAUACUAUCCAUUUUCAUUGGCUUAUUUGUGAAAGCAUUUGCUAUAUUUUUGUUUGAUCUUGGUAUUUGAGGUAUCAAAAUGUCCUUUUUUAGCAUCUCAUUUCUCUUUCAAUUUUGAAUAAAAACAAUACACAAAUGUGUGGCUGAUUAUGGCUCUUUAACCCUUUUAAAAAGGGGUUUCAGAAACCCAUUAUUUGUAUAAUAAUUGUGCAAACGUGUGAACACCAUACUCAAGCUAAAACGCAUAAGAUACAUAAAUGUGUAAUACACAGAGAAAAUAA